UUGGGCGGAAGCGCUAGUCCAGAGGAGGAACUACUCUUGAGGGGCAAGGCCUUGCCAAUGGCGUGCGGGUUGCAUCCGGGUCGCACUCCCGGAAGCAGGAAGUUGCCCAUCCUCCUCGCCCGGCGGCCGCUGUCCCCGAGGCGGGAGGAGCCCGAGGGGGCGCGGGCCCCGCAUGAAAUUACCAGUAGCAGCUCUCCUGGCAUUGGUGUCAGAAAUCUUUUUGGAUGUCGUUAGUGCUUCAGGGUCUCAUUAGGAUAUAUUGUGCUCUAGACCAGUGCUCCUCAGUGCUUGAAAACUAGUGCAGGGAUUUUCUAUUGGAAGACAUGGAUCUUGCUGCCAACGAGCUCAGCAUUUAUGACAAACUUGCAGAGACUGUUGAUUUGGUGAGACAGACAGGACAUCAGUGUGGCAUGUCAGAGAAGGCAAUUGAAAAAUUUAUCAGACAGCUGCUGGAAAAGAAUGAACCUCAGAGGGCACCCCCCCAGUAUCCUCUCCUUAUAGCUGUGUAUAAGGUUCUCGCAACCUUGGGAUUAAUCAUGCUCACUGCCUACUUUGUGAUUCAACCUUUCAGCCCAUUAACACCCGAGCCAGUGCUUUCUGGAGCUCACACCUGGCGCUCACUCGUUCAUCACAUUAGGUUGAUGUCCUUGCCCAUUGCCAAGAAGUACAUGUCAGAAAAUAAGGCAGUUCCUCUCCAUGGGGGUGAUGAAGACAGACCCUUUUCAGACGUUGACGCCUUGUGGACAAAGGACUGUGAGCAGAAUGAGUCAGAGCUCAUUCCUGCCAACUGUACUGGCUGUGCCCAGGAACCUCUGAAGGUGAUGCUCCUGGAAGACGCCCCAAAGAAAUUUGAGAAGCUUCAUCCACUGGUGAUCAAGACGGGACAGCCCUUGUCAUCUGAGGAGAUUCAGCAUUUUUUGUGCCAGUACCCCGAGGUGACAGAAGGCUUUACUGAAGGGUUUUUCACCAAGUGGUGGCGCUGCUUCCCUGAACGGUGGUUCCCAUUUCCUUAUCCAUGGAGAAGACCUCUGAACAGAUCGCAAAUAUUACAUGAGCUUUUUCCUGUUUUCACUCAUCUGCCAUUUCCUAAAGAUGCCUCUUUAAACAAGUGCUUCUUUCUUCACCCGGAACCUGUUGUGGGGAGUAAGAUGCAUAAGAUGCAUGACCUGUUUACCAUUGGCAGUGGUGAGGCCAUGUUGCAGCUCAUCCCUCCCUUCCAGUGCCGGAGACAUUGUCAGUCUGUGGCCAUGCCGAUAGAGCCGGGAGAUAUCGGGUAUGCCGGCGCCGACCACUGGAAAGUCUACAUUAUAGCCAGAGGGGUCCAGCCUUUGGUCAUCUGCGAUGGAACCACUGUCUCAGAAUUGUAAGAAACAGAACUGUGCACAGGAACAGCUUCCAGAGCUCAAAACAAGGUUGAAAGGGGGAAAAUAAAAACAAAAACAAUGAAACUGCUUUCUAGGGCUUGGUUACUUAGUUACCUGCCCUUUGCAUGCAUGUGUGAGCCGGCUGUGAGCUGCCAGGCAGGGGCCGGGGCCUAGCCCUCCUGACUCUUCCCACAGAUGGCUCAGCAAAGAUUGAGCCUGGCCACUUGGCUAGGACUCUGCCGGCACCCAUCUGAGACUGAUCGCUUCCUUGCCUUUGGGCACUACAACCUUGAUGAUGCCUCUCAGGCAGGAAACAGGGCUGGUGCCUUCCUUCACCUGCAUGGCCAGCUUCCUUCCCUGGCAGCAGAGAGGGUAGCCAGCAGGUUCUGACGUCAGAACCAUCCUUUACCAGUGGGCCUGCUUGUCCCCAUCUUCCUGGCCACAUCACCCUGUACUUUUUGGAAAGCCAUGGCUGAUUAAAGAUUUUAGUUUCCCAAGCAAAAUGGAAUCUAGAACCAGUGGGAAAAGGUCAGAUAACUUUGAAUUACAUCCAGGAAGUGCACUUCUUUCCCAUUGUCCAUGGCUCUUGGAGUCUCUAUGAUGCCAGGCUGGAGUCUGAUUAUUAUAAUAAUUAGAAAUGGUAACUCCCAAGGUAAUGCUUUCUUCCAUUUCAUCAGGUUCUGAUACCCCCAUCGCACUCCCUCCCCGUCUCCCUUGCCUAUCUGGAUGGUUUCUUGGAAGCUCGGCUCUAGCCCCUCCUGCCUUGGUGGGCCAGGGUCCACCACUGCUGAGGCAGCACUGCUCUUGUCAGCUGUGUUGCCUUUACCAGAUGUCUUCAGAGGGGUAUGAGUUAGAGUAGCUGGCCUGGGGAGAGGGUGCCUCCCUUAGUUUGAUCUUUAGGGUCUGAGUAUCUGCAGAAAAGAUGUUUUACAGAUGCGUCAAAGCCGAUGUUGUAAUGUGGUUGAGGGAGGAAAUCUAGACCCAAAAUAUUUGUCAGCUGGGCGUGCAACUGACUAUGUGAUCUCUGUCUUAGAAUGAUUUCUCUCUUUGUGCUGGGAAACAAGGUGAGGUAUUUUUCUUCUUUGUAAUAAUAUAAAGCUAUGUGUUUCUGA